UCUACAUUGUCACUGCCUUUAACAAGAUAUUCAAGUGAAAUGGACCAGACCAGUUUCCAGUCAACUAGCAACUCAGAAAACUGCCUCUUCAGCAAAUAAAGUCAAAAUGAACCAAACCGUAGCUCAAUCAACCAACAGCACAGAUGCCACAGUGAAAUAUUUGAAGAACAUCAAUGUUUUCCUGCACUGCAUAAUAUGUGUGCUUGGUGUUGCUGGCAAUGGAAUGGUCAUCUAUAUCGCAGGCCUCAAAAUAAAAAGGACCGUCAAUACCAUUUGGUUUCUGAACCUGGCGGUAGCCGACUUCCUAUUUUCAUUUUUCCUGAUCUUUACUAUAAUUUAUGAAUACCGCGAUUCAGACUGGCCUUUUGGUGAGUUUAUGUGCAUGUUGAGUAGCCUGGUGACCGUGCUCAAUAUGUGUGCCAGCACUUUCCUGCUGACAGCGAUCAGUCUGGACCGCUGCCUGUCCACCUGGGUGGUGGUGUGGGCCCGGACCAAACGAACCGUCCUGAAAGCAAGGAUAAUUUGCCUGUUUAUUUGGUUAGCAGCAGUUGCCUGCAGUCUGCCUGUAGUCAUCUUUCGGAAAACCUAUUCCAUUUCUCCACAACAAACCCUGUGCAUUCCUGGCUUUUCAAGUCUGGAAACCUACAAGAGGAUGGUAGUGUUCCGUUUUGUAGUGGGCUUCCUCAUCCCGUUCAUCAUAAUUUUGGCUUCCUACAUGGCAAUCGGAGUACGAGUUAAGCGCCUCAGGAAAAACAAUAAACUAAAACCCUUCCGUAUUAUCCUAGCAGUAAUUCUGACCUUCUUCUUCUGCUGGCUUCCCUUUUACGUUUACAAAUUCCUCGAAGUGCGGUUGUAUGAAAUGUAUGAUACAGACACAUCAGAUGAGCUGGCCAGCCUCCAUAAUGUUUUUGACCAGAUAGGGCUCUUUAUAGUUAGUCUUGCCUAUUUGAACAGCUGCCUGAAUCCCUUCUUGUACGUAUUCAUGUGUGAAGAGUUUCAGAAAAAGCUCAAGCAAUCUUUGGCGAUGGUAUUCGAGAGCGCGUUCGCAGAGGAACACCUGGCUCUCCUCUCGCAACAUUCCCAAUCCCAGUGCAAAUCUCAUUCCCAGAGUGGAACGGCACCCAGUCUGACCCAGUCUUUGACACUUGAGGGUUAAACAUUCAUAAUGCUAAAUGUGCAUUUAAAUUAAAUAACACAUACAAAAAGGAAAAGCAUAGAAGCUGUGUAGAUAAAUCAUUAGCAGUGUGUUCUUCAUUCAUGUUUUUAAAUUGUGAGAUGGAAGCUGAUGUGCCAGCCAUUAGAAAUUACAGAUACACUGUGCCAUAAAUAGCUGGAAUGCAUGCCUCAUUAAUUUGCAUUGAUGUCAAGAAACUGAUAAUUGCAUUGUGUAUUUGUAUCUCAUUUUCAUAGAUCUCUGGUUUUAUAAUGAACUAAAAUGUGUUUUGCUUUUGCUUUGCA